AUGGCAGUCGCGAUCUUCAAAGACCUCUGGGCCAUUGGCCUCAAAACAUCUGCAUUUGUGCAGUCGCUCUUUCUGUUUCCUUUCAAUUUUUUACUCAGAGCAGUGGAUCGCUUUCCGCUCGGACGCAGACCAAACCAACCACUGCUCCCAUGCUCGACAUCUGGAUCUGCAUCCUCCUCCUCUGAGCAAAGUCAAAACACCGGCGUUGACGACGUCCACCGCUUGAACGGUAGCGAUAUGACGGUGGCGAAUGAGCCACCAGGUCAGAACCCAUCAGUCUCUAACAUGGCUGCAACUCUUUCGCAGAAUCCUUCUUCCGGGAAAGAGAAUCGCGCUCCUUCAAAACCGUCCAGGACCACCGACGACGCCGGGCUUGUUGACGGUAUCUCGCGCUUGAAAUUAAGCCAACCAUCAACCCCCGUUGAGGAUGCCAUCAACGGCUCUCUGAGCAUUGCGCAGGAUGGGGCUGGCAACAAGACGGUGCCGAAUGGCACCUUAUCACAGCCAACUCGGCCGGACGACAUCAGCAGCAGUACUGUGAGGGAAGUUACGCGGUCAUCUCCGGUUCCGCUGAAGCAUUCGGCCUCUUACACCAAUAAACUGAAUGGUAUGACCACCACGAUGGAUAUGGGCGGCCAAACGGUACAGAUCCAGGCCAAGGUCGAGACGCCCCAGCAGGCAGCAGAAAGGGCCAUGCACAGCCGGUUUAUGAGGGAGGCUCUGGAUAUGGCUAGACUCGCCCUCAGGACCAAUGAGACUCCUGUGGGCUGCGUUCUCGUCUACAAGGAGCGAGUGAUCGCGAAAGGCAUGAACGCCACGAACGUCACCCGCAACGGAACCAGGCAUGCUGAACUGAUGGCGAUUUCGGCGCUCCUGUCCUAUUCGCCCGCCUCUGACCUCGAGCGGUCGACAAAUGGCACUCUUGCGAAAGGGGCCGCAAUCAAGGCGCCCCUUGGCGACAGGACGAACGAGUCGCAGCCCACGGAGACCAGCAGUUGGGGUGACGUGGAUCCCAGCGACGGGCAUCUCUACCCUUACGGCCAAAAGCUUCAUCCGUCCCCUCGCGUGGAUCCGUCAGUCAUUAGGGAGUGCACCCUCUACGUCACAGUCGAGCCGUGCGUUAUGUGUGCCUCGCUGCUGAGACAGCUCGGGAUUAAGAAGGUGUACUUUGGCGCGGUCAACGACAAGUUCGGGGGUACCGGUGGCGUCUUCCGGAUCCACAAGAAUUCCCCGUACUCGAUGGCCUCGGCACCUCCGUCGCCUGUACCACAGGACGGCAGAGGCCUUGCGAGGCCAGCUGUCGAGCAUCGUCCAGCGUCGGAAAAUGUUAUCACACAAGAGCGGGACAUAGUGCAAGACGAGGCCGAGGAUACCACGGGCAAUCUCGCUCCGUCUUUCGUUGCACCGGCCGACCUCCCCGGUGACGGCGGUAACAUCGAGCGGGGGUUUGAAGCCGAAGGAGGCUGGGGCAGAGACGAGGCUGUGACUUUGCUGAGGCAGUUUUAUGUCCAAGAGAACAACAGAGCGCCAGUCCCAAGGAAGAAGGAAGGCAGGGCCGCCCGUCUUGCGGCCAUGAUGGAGCGCGACGGUCACGCGGGCGGUUCUAUGGCUGCCUCUGGAAUUCGGCCGAAGUUCCCGGAGGGGUCGCAGACAAGCGGAUCCGACACGCAAGAGUCCGCCGCUGAGGUCGCUGUUGAGCAUUCCGCCGCAGGGGUUACUAUCGAGCCGUCCGCUGCUUAG